UCUGUGUUGUUUUUGUUCAUUUUGUUCUUCAUGUAAAACGGAUUAAAUUUAAUAUCGAUAAUACAUGGAAUAGUUUAUGAACGUUUUGUUGUCUUUUGUAAAUUACACAAUGUGUUUACGGAUGUUACGUAAAGAGAUUAUAUGUGAAGUUCCGAUCCAGAAGUGUGGUUUUCCGUUCGUGCUGUCCGAUAAUAUUACGAUUAAUAUUUAUCUGGUAGCUUAUAUUUUUUUGCAAUUUGAUAAUUUAUGUCGGCAAUAAACAUAUUUUCCGUUUGUGCUGUCUGAUAAUAUUACGACUAAUAUUUAUUUUGUAGCUUACAUGUUCAUGCCAUUUGAUAGCUGAUCACAAUUUACGUCUGCAAUAAACAUUUUCACAGCCAUAUGCAAGCAGAAUCUUAAGAAAAUACUUUACAUUUGGAGUUAAGCUCGGACUUUGUUAACCUAGUCUUAAAUUUGAUGAGUUUCCUUUUAGAUCUUCAUUUGCGUUCCUUUUUGACGAUAUUUAAAUAUUUUAAGAUCUUUUUUAGACCUAAAUCAGGAAAAUAAGAUACUUGUAAUUAUGGGAGCUUCUUCGUCGAAAUCAGAUCACGAAACUUGGUAUGACAUCAGGACUUCAGAAUUUAAAAUUCUACGAAAGGUGUACGAUGUUCUCUACGAAAAGACAAAUGGUGCUGACGUGGUUUUGAUUAACAGUGAAACUGUGGAGAAACUUAAAAACUACUAUGAACAUUCGAAUUGGUUGAAACACUUUAUUUCUGACCAACAAGCUACUUCCAGUCAAGUACCUUUGUCAGGACCAGUCAGCGAUAACAGAAGGCACCGAAGUCUUACUGAAGUAGAAAUAUUCGAUCCAAAUCCCUCAGAAGCAACAGAAUUGUUCCUUGCCGCGUUUAGGCAAAUGCUUCAUAAAGAGGGCAUUAUUCUCAAGCAAAUAACAAAGUUCAGUGACGGUAAAACACCAGUUAUUUUGAUUUGCAAUGUGGCAACUCGUUUAGAGGCCAAUAUAGACACAGCAUUAUCCUCAGUCAGAAGAACAGCUUACAGCCGUAUAGUGUUGAUAGUCUUACAUGUUAAACCUAGACACGCACUACAAGAAGGAUCAAAAGAGCAGCAAAGUUUACAAGAAGGAAAGUAUCACGGUUUGCGAGGUGUUGUUGAUAUUGCUUUUACAAAAGAAAAUGGAUUUUAUGAAUGUCCUAUGAACGAUGUGGCAGUUAAAAAAAUACGGCGUCUUUUUGCGGAGGCCUUGUAACUUAGAGUUUAUAAUGUGUGAGAAAAGCAACUGUUGAAGACAAAUUAGUAUUAUAUAUGACUUUUCUGAAAGAAGAAACUGUUUUAAUAAUAUGCUGUAUCCGUCUAUAAUCUAUGAUGUCAAGAUUAAAUAUAUGUUUCA